GAAAUUAAAAUUUGUGCGUUGUUGAGAGAGAGACGAACGAUAAAGCAAACGAUGGGAGCAGAUAAUGGAGAAGAAACGCCAAAAACUAGGCAGAUCUCAAUCUCUAGAGAUCAAUUCCUCGCCUGGAAACGCCAAAAGGAUGCUGAGUUAUUAGCUAAACAAGCUGAAGCAGCAAGGAAACGUGAAGAGGACAUAGCUUCAGGCCGUGUCCAAAUGAAUGGCCGUGAGCUUUUCGUGCAUGAGCCUUGGGUUUUCGAUGAAACUCACCAUUGAUUCUCUCUUCUUCAUAUUGGUACAGAGACCCAUUCGAUCAAUAAUAUAAGUGAUUCAGACAUUACCAAUGACAUUUUCCAAUUCUGUUUCUCUUUUGUUAAUGUAGUACUACUCUAUGUUCCCCACUUUUUUCGUUUAUGUGUUAAUCAGAAAAUUAGUCCUCAUUGUGACUUAAUCGUUGGCUCUGUUUAUUGGGAAUUUGGUGGUUGUUACACAUACUCACAUCCCUUGAUGUUUGAUUAUAUAUACAUUAUCUUGGAUUUA